UUGAUGCUUCAGUGACUAGUGUUGAGGGUGAUGGAGGAAUGGACGCCCAACCAACCCCCUCCAAGAAACGAAUAGGACGAUAUCCUUGCUCUACUUGUGGACGAAAGUUCCCCUUUCUGAGCGAACUCAAGAAGCACAACAAUAUCCACAAGCCCACAGAGGAGAGGGAAGCCAUAAAUGCAUUGUGUCCUUCAUCCAGGAAAUUCGAAUGCCAUAUUUGUGAUAAAAGGUUCACUUGGAACUGUGAUCUGCGUCGACACCAAGCCACACACGGUGAGGAGAGACCUCACACCUGCACACUCUGUAAAGCUGCCUUCAAACUUCCCGAGGGGUUAAAGAAGCACAUGGUACUUCAUUCUGAGAACAGCGUCAAGUGUACCAAGUGUAGAAGAACUUACAAGGAUAAUGACGCCUUGCAAGCACACACGUGCGAUAGGGAUGGAACCUAUCCCUGUGAAACAUGUGGGAAAAGUUUUGUAAGGAAAGAUAUACUAGCAGUCCACCGAAGAAUACACACUGGAGAACGACCGUAUAUUUGCGAUGUUUGCAGCAAAGGAUGUAUAACUGCUACCAAGCGUAAACUGCACCUUGUCACCCACCAAAACAAGCCCUAUACGUGUACGUGCUGCAGCAAGUCAUUCCCCACUUCACUGGCUCUACAGAAACACCUUCAGAUAGGCUACGAUACCUGGAAUGAGAGAGUGUGCCUCAUAGAUGUGAACGUAGUGUAUUGCAAGGAGGACAGAGCGCUGGUACAAGUGGAGCCAACCAUAGAACACCAGGAGGACCAACUUAAUAACAUUUCAGAACCGAGUAGCGAGACACGAUCCACACAAGAACAACCCACUGCACAGAGCAACAGCACAGCACAACCCAGCACUUGGAUUCCUGAACCAUCAUCUUCAACGUUGAUUCCGCCUGUUGGAUCAGGGUCAAGGUUCAAGGUUCCCGGUAGCUCUGUCUAUGUUCAACUACUCUCUCCACUGGAUAAAGACAACCACCCACUUCACACACAACUACCUACUGCUGAGGGGUCAACACCCGACACACCCUCCACUGCAGCUGAGGGGUCAACACCCGACACACCCUCCACUGCAGCUGAGGGGUCAACACCUGACACACCCUCCACUGCAGCUGAGGGGUCAACACCCGACACACCCUCCACACACAACACUACUUCCAACGGGCAUAAGCUACCUCAUUGUCUACCCUCUAUCUCCAUAGCAACAUUCCCUGAUCGCUUGCCGCCACCCUGUCCAUUCUGUGGAGACACUUGUGAAGACGCAGACUCUCUAGCUGAGCACAUGCUAGUACACAUGAGCCCCAUCCCUCACAGGUGUACACAGUGUAAGGUAGCGUACGAAACAUCUGAUGAUAUGGACACACACGAUUGUCAAGAACCAACCUUUGAUUGUGCAACAUGCUCUACAAGCUUCCCUGAUUAUUGUGCUCUGGUGGCACACAUACUGUCAGCUCAUGUUGAGCUAGCACUCCCUCCUAGGAAAUCCCAUCCUGCUAAGGCUAUUCAGCUACCCAAAAAAUGCCGAUAUUGUGAUCAGCCCUUCCCCUCUGCACACGAGCUAACCCUCCACACUAAUACAGAACACUCUGGUACCCAUCCGUACAAGUGUACCUAUUGUGAUAAGACCUUCUCAAAGAAGCAGUACCUCCGCGCUCACACUAGAAGCCACACUGGAGAGAAACAUCCGCAUCAAUGUCAACUCUGUGACAAGCACUUCACUACUGCAGUCAGACUAAAGAAUCACGGGAAAAUACACUCGAAGGAACGACCUUUCAAAUGCCAAGUGUGUCAGCGUGAAUUUCUUAGGCAGCAUCUUCUCAAGCUUCACAUGCGUGCACACAAUGGUAAGAAACCCUACAAGUGUCCUCACUGCUCUCGACGCUAUCAUUGCCCUGAUGGUAGACAGCGUCAUAUUGAGAACAUGCAUUUUGGAAGCAUGGUAAACUGUGAGCUAUGCAAUGACAACGUGGCAGUAGAAGCCCUGGAUGAUCACAUGCUGCACACUCACAAAGAAGCUUAUCAACCAAUAGAUCCAAUAGAUGCUCAACUACCUCGCAACGAUAGUUCCAGUGGAGAGAGCGACGAUGGUAGCAUUCCUGACUCAGCUGAGGAAAAUGAUCUGAUUGAACGAAGUGAGACUGAAGCAGAUCAUUUGGUGGACAGUGUGCCUAGCGACGAAUCUCAACCGAUGGAGGAUAUGUCUGGCGGGAGUUCGGCGGGAGUUAUACCACCUUCUCAUGUGAUAGGUACUGACAAUAGUCGUGAAACUACUGAACCUGCGGCAACUGGAGCUAGCUUGAAGCCGAUUGGUCGCAUUGGUGUCGGUAAAGAUAAUGCUAGGACAGUUAAUGUAUCAGCUGUUGUGGGACCUAGCUCUAAUUUGAUUGGACAGAGCACUGAUACUACCAACAAGCAACCACUCUUUAUUAAUAUUGGAGGGAAACUAUACGCUAGAAUUACAUGACAAAACUCUCGAUCGAUCUCAU